AUGAUUAAACCGUUCGAAGAUCCACCACUAAUCGGAGACUGGUGCCGAGAGAAACGGUUGGGCAAUGGAGGUUUCGGUGUGGUGACGCUCUGGAGGAACAAGCAAACGCAACAGGCUGUUGCGAUAAAGAAGUUCCACAUUCUACAAGAUCGCAGCGAAAUCACCGAUAAGCACUGCGAGCGAUGGCGCAACGAGGUAAAGCUGAUGACGGAAGCCGUCCAGAAUGAAAACAUCGUCCGGACGGUGAACGUACAGCCGAGCUCAUUCAUCCAGGAGCUGUUGCGUAGCUCGGCCAACGGACUGCCCGUACUUUGCAUGGAGUACUGUGAGGGUGGUGAUUUGCGCCGUGUACUGAACCGGGUGGAAAAUUGUUCCGGCCUGCGGGAACAGGACGUACGGGAUGUUUUGCGCUCGCUGCGUAAUGCCGUUGCGUACCUGCACAGUCUAAAAAUAACGCACCGGGAUAUAAAGCCGGAAAAUUUGGUGUUAAAACAGCAGGGCGAACGGUUUAUCUAUAAGCUCACAGAUCUCGGUUAUGCUAAGGCGUUGGACAAGCAGAGCCUUAACGCGAGCUUGGUCGGUACGGUGGAGUACAUUGCACCGGAUCUGAUUUACUGCGAUCGGUACAACUGUUCCGUCGACUAUUGGUCGAUGGGUGUGAUUGGGUUCGAGAUCAUUACCGGCUUGCGCCCCUUCAUACCGCAUGCACCCAUUACACGUUGGAUGACGCACGUGCAGCAGAAAAAAUCGGCCGAUAUUGCCAUUACGGAAGACAAUCGGGAAAAUUACACAUAUCAUACGGAAAUAUUCCCCGAAAACCACAUUUCCGACUGUUUUCGCAAGCAGCUGGAAUGCUGGUUUAGGUUGGCCCUUGAGUGGAAUCCAAAGCAACGCGGUUAUGUCCCAUACUUCAAAGCAGAAUCAUCAUCCCCUUCAAACGGUGAAAAUGGCUCGAACAAACCGACGUCGACGGUAUUGAAAAUAUUUUCCCUUCUCGAUCAAAUACUGGAGAAGCGUAUUUUGGUGCUUUUCUCACUGUACGACUGUCGGUGGAUUGAUCUCGAAGUAACGCCGGAAACUGGUAUGGACACGUUGCGCGAUCACGUGUACCGGGUAACUGGCAUUCCUGUGGAUGAUAUUGAGUUUAUACUUCCGCUGGAGCAAAAACAAUCGGUCGUAGGAGAUGAGACGCGCCCGUACGAUCUGUAUCUGCCCGAAUUUUACGGUAAACCGAUGGUUUACGUCGUCCAUCGGGGCAAUCGGGAAUGCAUUGUGCAGCGUGAUCUUAAACCACGCAUACCGAAAAGUAUUACGGAUGUGUUUCAAAAUAUUAAGAUUAAGCUGAAACCCCACAUGUUGCGACAGUUUAUUGGCAACUCGUACUACUUCAUCGCACAGGAGCAACGGCUGUAUGGGCAGGUGCUGGAUGGCAUUCGGAACUAUGGGCUAACGCUGAACGAUAGUAUUGCUCGGCGGAAGGAAGAAAUUGACCAGAUGAAUAAGGUUGUGUACGCGAUACUGGGCGGUGUAGAGUAUCACAAGCUUACGGUGUUUCAUGCGCGGGAUGCGCUCAACGUUGAUAGGCGAAUACCUUCCGCAACAUUCGAGACGGCUUCCCAGCAAUGGAUCGAAAGCAGCGCACGUAUCGAAUCUAACGUACGCAAGCUAGCGGACAUGGCUGACACGGUUACAAAGCGAUACGACUCGGUGCUAAAGCGAAGCCGGGAUGCAUUGCGCCAUACGUUGCUUCAACCGCAGACUGAACAGCAGCAGGACAAGUUUGGGUUGCGAAACGUCGAGUACCGAUACGAGCAAACGCGGGCACGGAUAUUUGAGAAAAUUUUGAACGAAAAAUCGCACAUGGAUAUGUCGCAGGCCGUGUACGAGUGUCUCAAGCAGCGAGACGUUCUGUUGCGUGAGUUGAGCUUUCUAGAGUUACAGCAGCAAAUUCUUGAUGUACGCCGUGAGAUACAGGAGAUUGUGAAGGUAGUGUCCAAGGUAAUUGAGGUGACGGAGAAGUAUAAGCGUGAUCUGGCACGGCUUAAACUGGAACAUCAGAACGAAGUGUGGAAGAUGCUGUCGGACUAUAGCACUUCGGCUGCUAAGUCUUGUGAGAAUGGUUUCGUUAACAAACCAAACUUUCUGGUCGGGGGUCCAACGACCCCACAACUACAGUCCACCGUUUCGAACGAAAGUUUUGAUGCGAAGCGAGUUGGCAGUCCGGGCGAUGAGGGUUCAAAUGUGGAAGAUUUGAUCGCAGUAAACGAAACGUUGAUUUACUCGACAACGGAUCUGCUAAGCAACAGCUUUUCAUUGUUAAAGCUGGCCGAUAAAGUAGAAUGA